AUGUCCAACACAUCGGCAGUUAACACUACACAGCCCACAGGGCCUGGUGCUGAGGGAGGCGGAUUUUUUACCCUUUCCAGGGAGUCGGUCAUUGUGGCCUGCUUCUUUUACGCAAUCAUCGCUCUGGUAGCUGUGUUCGGUAACCUGAUGGUGGUGACAGCGUUUUUUAUUAACGACAAACUCCGCACGGUGACAAAUUAUUUUGUCCUUGGAUUAGCCGCCGCGGAUAUUCUGGUGGGUGCGGUAUCGGUUCCCCUGUGGAUGUACAUUCUAAACCACUACGCCGAAAAAAGGAAGUUUGAUCAACAUUUCAAGAACAUAAACAAACUUUACCUUGCCUUGGACAGCUUUGCAGGGAUUUCGUCCAUCCUUCACCUCAUGGCUAUUUCCAUGGAGCGCUAUUUUUGCGUCGGUUGGGCUGUGAAGCACCGUAACCUGCCGAAGUAUUUUUAUUACAUUGCUUUGUUUAUGGUUUGGUUGGUAUCCGCCUUUGCAUCGUGCAUCAAACUCAUGGUCCCCAGCGUCAAACAAGAAGACCUUGUACUGUUGAUCUUUGUGGUGUUCUUCCUCCUGCCGCUGACCAUCAUCGUGGUCUCGUAUGCAGCUAUCUGGAAAAUAGCCAUGACCCGGAUGAACAACAACCCAAGUAAGCGCUCAUUGAAACGUGAAAUUCGCACUGCAACGACGAUAGCCUUUGUUAUUGGUUUCUUCUUAGUUGCUUGGACACCGUUUUUCAUUUCAAGCAUUGUCGUAACGUACUGCCCACAGAUUGACUGUCCUUUCAGCUGGUCCGCUACCAUCCUUUUCAAAUUUCUUCAUUACUCCAAUUCGUCAAUUAAUCCCAUUGUGUACGGAGUGCGAAUACCAGAAUUCCGAAAGACUUUUAAGUUCAUUUUAAGACGCAUCUAUGGACCAGUACUGACACCAUGCAGAAGAUAG